AUGGAGUCACCACGCCCGACAGACAGGUGCGAACUGUCGGACGUGUCAUUUCCCCGACCCGACAGUCCAUUACAGCUACCAAAUGACAAUUUUGUUGAGUCGCAACAAUGCAGCGCCGAUCCUGGCGCGUUUGUAGGGUUUCAUGUGCCUUCUCGUUCUAAACAAGUGGAAGUGAAGGAGAAGAAACGGACGCUGAAGCUCGUGUUGGAUCUGGAUGCGACGACAGAAAGAAACACGAUAGGCGGAAGUUUCCGCUUUAAUUCCAGAUCGACUGAUAAUCUUUUUAAUGAAUUAUUAGCCGACAGCACGCAGGACGAAGAGAGCGCCAUUGAGAAGGAGGAGAAGGAGGUUCCACUCGUACAGUCAAACAUGAAGAAAUUCAGAAAUAACUUUGAUAGUUCACAGCCAACAAUGUUGAUGUCGUUGGAGCUGGCGUGGCGUGAUCGUAAACGGGAAGGUGCAAGUGCUCGAAAGGAAGAAAGAGAAGACUCGCUGACCAAAUAUUCAGAAUAUAGUGAAGAUUUAGCUCCCAGAAUUUUUCAUGAAACGAUAUCAACGUCAGUCGAUGAUGGGGAUUCGGGUGAGGUAACGAAGCGAUGUGAUGCGAAUAAUAGCAAUAAAGAGACGGAUGAUGAAGAGAUUGAGUGCACACAGACGCUUGAAGAAGACGAGAUGACGGGCAGCUAUGAACGUGUUAGCGAUGGUGAAGUCGAGACUGAAGUGUAUCCAUAUUCAGAUGCAGGAACGUUACCUUUUGGAGCCUGCUCUUCCUUGAUUGAUGAUGUUGACAAGAAGACAAGCGAAAAGGAGGAUUCUGGACACGAUCAAAUGCAUAAAAAACAUGAUAUGUUACUUGAAAAGAAUAGUCAACAAAAUUGUGAGGAUGAGGUUCCAUGUUAUGAUAUUUCACAAGACUGUUUGACACCAAGAGUGAAUUUACAUCGCCCAGGAAAACCUGGUUCAGCGGAUGAGUGUGAAGACGAACAAGAUGAAUGUGUACCAACCCAACCAGCUCAAAUUGGGACGGAAAGUGAAAUAGUUGGAGAGUCGAGUUCGCCUUCUCGGGAAAACCUUGAGAUUAAUGACGAUCAAAUGACUCAUCACGAUAUUGCCGAAGUUGAUCCUCAAACAAGAGCGAUUCGGAGCCUUGAAUUUUCUUUUACUGCGCCGGAGUCACAAGACCACAAAGCUCAUACUAGUGCAAGUCUCGCUAGUGAAGGAACGCCAGCAGCCAAAAGGGUAACAGCAAUUUUUAAAGGUAAUCGACUCAUUCCUUUUGAGUCUUCCAUCAGCCCAGUGUAUCAACCUUCGCCACCAUCAGUGAAUAAAGCUUCGGACCCGGAAAAUCCGAUCGUUUCGUUUGAUACGCAAUUGAUUGUUAAAAAAAAUAAUGAAUCUUUGAUGUUCUCAGACGAAGCUGAAAACGCAAAGAAAGAGAAACCUUUUAAUGGAUUUUCUGAAUCCUCAAAGCAGAUGGCCUAUACCCCGAAAGGUUACAAACGCAAGCGCGACUAUCAUUCCCCGGGAUCUCUUGCGCCUUCAAAUGAGUCGACUCUCGGCGACCCUCAAACCCCAAGACCUUCUGCUCGACGAAGCUCUCGAUCUAAUCAGUCAACUCCGUCAUCAACUUCACAUGUUCGAACUCGAACUCGAACGUUAACUCCAGUCCCGUCACAGCGUGCAUAUGCAUCCAGAUCGCGAACUUUGUUUAAGUACAAAUUUGAGUUUUGCUUAACGGGAUUCGUCAAGAAUAGCGAAGAAAGUCUUAAGGAAUUAAUUGAAGGUCAUGGCGGAAAAGUACCUGAGCGUUAUCAAGACGUGCUAUACAAGGACAACUCAAAGGCUGUCGUGAUUGCAACACCUGUUUCAUGGAGAAAACGCAAGUUUAUGCAAGCUGUAGCAUGUGGAAUACCAGUGGGUACCAAGUGCCCACUGGCUAUUCCGUUACAACUCGAAGGUUUGAGUGUUAUUCUCCAAAAAAACUGUGACAAGGCUAAUUUGAUGGCGUUUAUAUUAAAAGCGUGUGGUGCAGACGCGGUGUACGAGGAUCUGUCUAAAAACAGAGAUGUCGACAUUGAUAUGGUUCUUUGCGACGAAUACACACCCACAUGUCGAUACUUCAAGAAAAAGCGCCAUAUUCCUGUCAAGGACUUUCAGUGGGUGACUGAGUGUAUGAUUCUUCAGAAAAUUUUGGAUCCAGAGGACUCUUCUUUUGAGCCACAACACGUUGGUAGCGACGAUGUGUUAGCUGCCACCGCUGCGAUUGGUGAUAGUGAUAACUCGACGCUGAAGUUAUACACUGGUGAGCUUGUCAUGGCGGAUAUAUCUGGUGGCGCUGCGGAUCAUUAUCUACUAUUUGAUGUUUGCGAAAUCUUGAGCAUUCAUGUAAACGGCCGGAAAGAGGAAGGCUCACAAUCGAAGCAAAAGGGGAAUAAACUAUGUGAUGUGAUACUCAAAGUUGGCAUACUUAGACGUGAGCCUUACCACCCUGAAUUAUCGAAAAGUCCUGUAAAAGUAGUAGACAUUUCGUUUUCACAAGUGAAGAGAAGAGUUGUGGCAAUUUCAAAAGCAGCUUUCAGGAAGCUAAAGUAUAAAGAUGAAAGCAUCUUUUACUUAGAAGAUGAUGGCGAAAUCGAUAAUCCUGAGCACGCGUGUUAA